AUGGAACUUGCGCCUGAGCCUUCAGGAAGUUCAGAACCCCCUGAACACCAUUUCCCAGUCACCCGUCUUGCAGGUGUUGCUGCUUUCUGCAUGUUCUGUGAACUCCCUGCUGUGAACAGCAUUUUGUGGCUUAAGACGACACUGCCUACUUGCGGUUUCAGACACAGCCGUACGCAGAUGUCCGGCAAACCGGAUGCGAUUGAAGUCGAGGCAGGUGAGGUCGACAUGAUGGAACGUGCAGAUUCGAAGAGCCCGGGCAUGUCCCUGCCCGGAACCAUUGCCACCCUGUCGAAUGUGCUUGUAGGCGGCAGCAGCGUUCUGCUGCCAUAUGCAUUCCAGCUCUCGGGAUGGUGCUUCGGACCGCUGGUUCUUGCUGUGGGCUCUCUAAUGGGCUUCACAUUGUGGAUCAUGGGCUUCCUGCUUGAGUCGCUUGAUGAACGCGCAGAGCAGAUGGGCAUACCCCGGUCGCAGCGCGACUGGGGUCUGAUCGGCUACGCAGCUUUUGGGAAUGUUGGCCGCGUGGCCUUUGCCGGCUGCAUGUUCGUUGAUCUGAUUGGAUCUGCCCUGUUCUUGUUGAGCGUUGCCAUCGAACAGCUCCCUUUCCUCCUACCUCUCAAACACGAGUUGGUCGCUGUGCUUUGCUGUCUCGUGGCCUUCGGCUGCUGCCUUAUCCCAAAAAGGUUUUUCUCAGCAAUGGCUGCGUUAGGGAUUGCGUCUCAGGUCAUUCUAGUUGUGGGCAUUCUUGCCACAGGUACCGAGCUGUCCUUCACGACUGGAGCUGCAUCAGACCAACUACUGUUCAAAGCAGCAGGCAUUCCACCCGCUGUUGGCAUUGCUCUUCUCUGCUUCCUCGCUCACAGCGAGGCACCUCUUAUUUACCAGAUGAUGGCAGACCGGACAAAGUGGACCAAGGCAGUGAUCUACAGCAUGAGCGUUGCUGAGACUUUUCUCUUACUCUUCGGUGGAUUGGGAUACGUGUUUUUCGGUGGCAGUGUUGGGCAGUCCAUUGCUGUGAACAUCGGCCGGGACUUGGACCUUCAGCUGCUUCCAGGAAGCUGGCACAUCUGCCUAGGUGCUAUCACAAUCGUGGGCCUAAGCACAAAACAGCUGAUGACUCUGCCUCUUGUGCUGGACGCCACUGGUGAUCUGUUCGGAGAGAUGCUUCAGUGGAAAGGUCGCAUCCUCAUGAAAGCCAUCGUCUUGGCCAUUUCUGGUGUAACUGCGGUACUCUUGAAGGAUGGAGUGGCUUUCAUUGGGGAUUUGGUGGGAAUCCUGCCUGCCAACGCCGUGUGCCUCAUUUUCCCUUGUGCCGCUAUGUUGCAGAUUCGGGGCCAUGAGAUGUGCUUGUGGCAACGACUGGGUGUGCGUGUUGUGGCAGUUGUUUCCACUUUGUACAGUGUGCUUGGAUCCGCGUAUAUUAUUCUGCAGCAAGUGGGUGCUUUGUAA